CUGCAAGGCACAGGCCAAUCAGGUGCAAAAGAGGUGGAGCCUAAGCGUUGCUCACACCCUCCCUCUGGGCUUAUUGAGAGUUAUAUCAAGAAAUUCAGUUCAGAGAGAGAGAGACAGAGAGAGAGACAGAGAAAGAGAGAGGUGAGAGAAAGACAGAGAAAGAGGGAAAGAAAAAAGGAAAGAGAGAAAAGAAAUAAGAGAGGUACAGCUUUAGCAUCCUUCUAGUGCAAAAACCUUUAAUGCGAUUGGAUUUUCCUUUUGGGCAACUGCCACCCCAAGAGAGGAAAGAAUCACCGUCGUUCCAACUCUGACGUUUCCAACUAGAAGUUACAGACUUAAGCCAGUGUUAAUACACGGAUGGUAAUGGUAUGCAGUCCACAGUGGAAAUUAUCUCUGAGCUGAAGAAGUGCAACUGGAUGUUGUGUGUGUGUUCAAUACAAGGAGCUCCUAUAUCCUGUGGGUAACAGAGGCAAAAUGUGGAGAGAAUGACUGACGACAAAUCUGUGAAUUUGUUCUCCGGAGUUGCUAAUUUGCCAGCCCGAAGCAACACAUUUCUCAAGAAGGAAACGUUUUGCUGCUUGUGAAUUCUCCCCAAACUGGUGCUACCAGAUGCAUUGUGUUGGAACAAAUCAUUGCAAACUGCAGCAUAUCGGGAAAGGUAGAGCGAGAACUAACUUGCUGUUUCCAAAUUAGAAAUGAGAUGUAAUGCAUCCUACAGUCCAUGUACGCCUUCUCUUGCAAAUUGUGCACCAUUCCUCAGAGGAAACCUUUAAAUCCUAAAAUCCAGAAAAAGAAAAUAAAUACAUUAUCAUGGACCUGAGGGAUUUUUACCUGUUGGCUGCUCUGAUUGCCUGUUUAAGGCUGGAUUCUGCUAUAGCUCAAGAACUUAUUUACACUAUAAGAGAAGAGCUGCCUGAAAAUGUACCCAUAGGAAACAUACCAAAGGACCUGAACAUUUCUCACAUCAAUGCUGCCACAGGGACCAGUGCCAGCCUCGUCUACAGACUGGUUUCUAAAGCUGGGGAUGCCCCUUUGGUCAAAGUGUCCAGUAGCACUGGGGAAAUCUUUACCACCUCUAAUAGAAUAGACAGAGAAAAACUCUGUGCUGGAGCUUCAUAUUCUGAAGAGAAUGAAUGUUUCUUUGAACUUGAAGUGGUGAUUCUCCCUAAUGAUUUCUUUAGACUGAUCAAAAUAAAAAUAAUUGUAAAGGAUACCAAUGACAAUGCACCGAUGUUCCCCUCUCCUGUCAUCAAUAUCUCCAUUCCGGAAAAUACUUUGAUCAACAGCCGGUUUCCAAUCCCAUCAGCCACAGAUCCUGACACAGGUGUCAAUGGUGUGCAGCACUAUGAAUUGUUAAAUGGGCAGAGUGUAUUUGGGUUGGAUAUCGUGGAAACGCCGGAAGGAGAGAAGUGGCCCCAAUUAAUUGUUCAGCAAAACUUGGAUAGAGAGCAGAAAGAUACUUAUGUGAUGAAAAUCAAAGUGGAAGAUGGAGGUACCCCUCAAAAAUCCAGCACAGCCAUUCUGCAAGUCACAGUAAGUGAUGUUAAUGACAACAGGCCAGUGUUUAAAGAGGGUCAGGUGGAGGUUCAUAUUCCAGAAAAUGCCCCUGUAGGUACUUCUGUCAUUCAGCUUCAUGCCACUGAUGCAGAUAUAGGAAGCAAUGCAGAAAUCCGAUAUAUUUUUGGUGCCCAAGUUGCCCCUGCAACCAAAAGACUCUUUGCUUUAAAUAAUACUACAGGGCUGAUAACAGUUCAGAGGUCCUUAGACCGAGAAGAAACAGCCAUUCACAAAGUGACCGUGCUGGCUAGUGAUGGUAGCUCCACUCCUGCCCGGGCCACAGUUACUAUUAAUGUCACUGAUGUAAAUGAUAAUCCUCCGAAUAUAGACCUCAGGUACAUUAUAAGUCCCAUCAAUGGCACGGUGUACUUAUCUGAGAAAGAUCCUGUCAAUACAAAGAUUGCCCUAAUUACAGUUUCAGAUAAGGACACUGAUGUGAAUGGCAAAGUGAUCUGUUUCAUUGAGAGAGAGGUCCCAUUUCACUUGAAGGCAGUUUACGACAACCAGUAUUUGCUAGAGACCUCUUCCUUGUUGGACUAUGAGGGCACCAAAGAAUUCAGCUUUAAAAUUGUUGCCUCCGAUUCUGGGAAGCCCAGUUUGAACCAGACUGCCCUGGUAAGAGUUAAGCUGGAGGAUGAAAAUGACAACCCUCCAAUUUUUAGCCAGCCUGUAAUUGAGCUGUCAGUUUCUGAAAACAACCGACGGGGGCUAUACUUAACAACUAUUAGUGCCACGGACGAAGACAGUGGGAAAAAUGCAGACAUUGUGUAUCAGCUUGGACCGAAUGCCUCCUUCUUUGAUCUGGACAGAAAGACAGGGGUCUUGACGGCCUCCAGAGUUUUUGACCGGGAAGAGCAAGAAAGGUUCAUUUUUACUGUAACUGCUAGGGACAAUGGGACCCCUCCCCUGCAGAGUCAAGCUGCUGUGAUAGUUACUGUGCUGGAUGAGAAUGAUAAUAGUCCUAAGUUUACUCAUAAUCACUUUCAGUUCUUUGUAUCUGAGAACUUACCAAAGUAUAGUACGGUUGGGGUGAUCACUGUUACAGAUGCAGAUGCUGGGGAGAAUAAAGCUGUGACCCUUUCUAUCCUGAACGACAAUGAGAAUUUUGUGUUGGAUCCUUACUCCGGGGUUAUAAAGUCAAAUGUCUCCUUUGACCGGGAACAGCAGAGCUCCUAUACCUUUGAUGUCAAGGCCAUUGAUGGAGGGCAACCACCCCGUUCCUCUACUGCCAAGGUUACCAUCAAUGUCAUGGAUGUCAAUGACAAUAGUCCUGUUGUCAUCUACCCACCUUCUAAUACUUCUUUCAAGUUGGUACCACUUUCAGCCAUCCCUGGCUCAGUGGUAGCAGAAGUAUUUGCUGUGGAUAUUGACACUGGAAUGAAUGCUGAACUUAAAUAUACAAUAGUCAGUGGGAACAACAAAGGCUUAUUCCGUAUUGAUCCAGUGACAGGCAACAUUACUUUGGAAGAAAAACCAGCUCCUACAGAUGUGGGGCUACAUCGUUUAGUAGUCAACAUAAGUGAUCUGGGGUAUCCUAAGUCUUUGCAUACCCUUGUGCUAGUCUUUCUGUAUGUCAAUGACACUGCAGGAAAUGCAUCCUAUAUUUAUGACUUGAUUCGGAGGACUAUGGAGACCCCCUUGGACAGGAACAUAGGGGAUAGUAGUCAACCCUAUCAAAACGAAGACUAUCUUACAAUCAUGAUUGCCAUCGUGGCAGGGGCCAUGGUGGUCAUAGUGGUGAUCUUUGUCACCGUCUUGGUUCGCUGUCGCCAUGCAUCCAGGUUCAAAGCAGCUCAGAGGAGCAAGCAAGGUGCCGAGUGGAUGUCUCCUAACCAGGAGAACAAACAGAACAAGAAAAAGAAAAGGAAGAAAAGGAAGUCACCUAAGAGUUCACUUUUGAACUUUGUUACUAUUGAGGAGUCCAAACCUGACGAUGCGGUCCAUGAACCUAUCAACGGGACCAUUAGCCUGCCAGCAGAGCUGGAGGAGCAAAGUAUAGGAAGAUUUGAUUGGGGCCCAGCACCACCUACAACCUUCAAGCCCAACAGCCCUGACCUAGCUAAGCAUUAUAAAUCUGCCUCUCCACAAUCUGCUUUUCAUCUCAAACCAGACACUCCAAUCUCAGUGAAAAAGCACCAUGUGAUUCAGGAACUUCCCCUGGACAACACCUUUGUUGGGGGUUGUGACACCCUUUCGAAACGAUCUUCCACUAGUUCAGACCACUUCAGUGCCUCAGAGUGCAGUUCCCAAGGAGGCUUCAAGACAAAGGGCCCCUUACACACCAGACAGUGUAAUACACACAGCAAAGGUGACAGUAUUCCUGUCACUCCCCAGAAAUGUCCCAGCUCUGCGGGUUUCCACAUUCAGGAGAAUGAAGAAAGCCAUUAUGAGGAACUGAAUUUUGGAGAUAUGCCGAAGUACUUGUGGGAGAUUUGGGUACCUGAAAAACCAUGGGUGUCUCAGCGCCGUGUUACGUUUCACCUCCCUGAUGGUUCCCAAGAAAGCUGCAGUGACAGUGGUCUAGGAGACCAUGAGCCUGUGGGUAGUGGAACCCUGAUCUCACAUCCUCUUCCUCUGGUUCAGCCACAGGACGAAUUCUACGACCAAGCCUCCCCGGACAAGAGGACUGAAGCUGAUGGCAAUUCUGACCCCAAUUCUGAUGGGCCUCUGGGUCCCCGAGGAUUAGCUGAAGCUACGGAGAUGUGCACCCAAGAAUGUUUGGUGUUGGGUCACUCUGAUAACUGCUGGAUGCCUCCUGGCCUAGGUCCCUACCAACAGCCCAAAUCUCCUCUCUCCACCUUUGCCCCUCAAAAGGAAUGGGUGAAGAAGGACAAACUGGUGAAUGGGCACACUUUGACCAGGACCUGGAAAGAAGAUAGCAACAGGAACCAGUUCAAUGACCGGAAGCAGUAUGGUACCAACGAAGGGCACUUCAACAGUGGCAGCCACAUGAGUGACAUACCAUUGGCUAAUUUGAAGUCUUAUAAACAGGUGUCAGGAGCUGUGGAGAGUCCCAAGGAACACCAGCUAUAAGAAAUGGCUCCUUGGGACCAAAUGACUUUAGCCUAUGUAGACUUGCUAAUACUGUGUGUGUCAGAGCUUUACGUGUUUGGUAGAUUUCUAGAACUAUGCUUCUUAUAACAGGGAUAUGCACAUCUUUGCAUUAGCACUAUGAAAGUUAUGAUGUCAUGCGACUUAAGGGAGAAAAUACUUCUACUUCUGUGGGUUUAGUUACCAGAAUUGAGUAAACUCCACAGCUUUCUCUCUCUCUCUCUAGUGCAAAUAUCCCUUCUCAAAUUUUGUUUUUUGACCCUGGACUGCUGCUAUGAACAACAGAAGAUACACUUGGAGAGUGAGAGGUCAAAGAAUUGCAAUGAUGAAAAGCAUAUCCAAUUAGAAAAUUGUGCUCUUGUUGUCAUUGAUUUGUGCUGGGACCACUAUACUUGACAUCAUACUUCAAGCAACUUAAAUGAUAAACCUAUUGUGCUAUUAACAAUGUUAGUGGACACUUGUCAGUCAAUCAGUGUUCAAGUAUUUGUAAAUAGAAGCAAGUUAUUACUAAUGACUUUUGUGUACUUAUAAUGUUCACCUAAAAUAUAUUGUAGCAUAAUUCUAUGUCUUAUCGUUGUUUCUUUUUUGUUUCUUUUACUUUUUCUUUUACUUUUUUAGCUUAUUUCUUUUAGUGAUGGUGUUUCUGUGUUAUUAGUCUGUCUGACAUACACUGUUCCAAGAAAAUCAAAAUACUUGUGUUUUUCUUAUAAAAAGGUUCUGAAAUCUUGCUUCUUGCAUGACAGCACGUGUUAUUCAUGAGCUGGCAAAGAAACCCAUCAACAAUGUUUGAACAACAAAAAGACUUAUGCAAAGGCUAGAAAACUCUGAACCUAUACUUUAUAAAAAACAUUUUAUUUUUCAAAGCAGCAAAAUUGAAAAUAAUCUCUAAUAAGUAGCAUCUAAAAAGUAAGAAGUGGAAAAGUAAUAUUCUCCAGGAAGUGAUCCAAUCCAAAGUGAUCAGAAAGGUCGUUUGUCAUUCAGGCAAUUGAAUGAAUCACAAUUGGAGCACGUGGAAGAAAUAAAAUCAUAAUUUUAAAAUAGUAGUUAUAUUUGAACAAAUGUGUGUCUAUAACUAAGACCGUUUGUAUUGCUGAAAAGGCAGCUUUUGUGUUUAUGCUCAUCUGCGUUAAUGUUGUAGUAAAAUGUGUUUUAGACCAUAGCCACAAAAUAUUUAAUGUGUCGUGCCUUCAUGAUGUAACAGAGCAUUCUCCUGGUAGGCUAGUUGGGGGAAAAUAAAGGGUUAAAUCUCUAAUUAUUGCUGUUUAACUGUUUGUUAUCAUAGUUGGUCAAUGCCUGGCAGGUACCAGCAUCACGUCACUUAAGUGAAACCCAAAGAGUGACUCCUAAUGUUAAUAAGAUCUCAGUUGCACGUACAAACAAAUUCAAAUUUGAACAUUCUUAGGAGGUUUUUGUUAAGGCAUGACAGAUGAUUUAAACAAAUAAAUAGCAUGCAAAAAAAAAAAAAGUCCUUAC